AAAAAAAAUUUCUUUAAGGAAACUCAAUUUAGUUUUUGAAAAUCUUAAAAUAAACAACAGAAACCACCGAAAAGAAAGGCAAGUUCUGCAUUCUACAGAAGGAAAAACACUAACAUCAUCGUCAAUCGAACUUUGAUUGUGUUUUGUAUUCAUCAUCACCACCAUGCCCCAAAAUUCUACUGCUUCUCAAGUCAACUCCAAGAUGAGUUUUUCCUUCUCCUUAUACAAAGACAUGCUUCAACUUCUCUACUAUUUCGUUUAUACUUUAAUGUGUUUGUGGAAAGUCCUCAAUGAAUUAAAUCUCAGUUAAUACUAACAGUAACGACCCUUUUUGUUAUAAUAUCUCAUGAUUCUUUAUGUGUAUUAUUUUCUAAGUUGAUUCUCCACUAUUUGUGAAUUGGUUGUUCAUGGGAUAAAAUUUCCAUAUCCUAGCUUUAGAUUAACAAUUGGGACACAAACAAUGAAUUAGUCCAAGUGGUAAGUGUCUUGGGCCCUUAAGCAAGUGGUCAGGGGUUCAUUCUUGGCUCUUGCAUAUGGAAAUAAUUUGGUUGGGAGAGGAGAACCUACCUUGUGUGUCCCAGAGGUUCCACGACGGAGAUUAUUCAUUGCUAACUGCAGUGGUAUAUCAUGGUAAUCAAAAAAUAAAAAGAUUAAAAAUUGGGGUUAGAGAAAACAAGUGCUAUAUAUUUUGUUUUCCUGUUAAAUAUGUGAUUAUAUAUUUUGUUUUCCUGUUAAAUUUGUGACUAAUUCACCCUAAUGGUGCCAUUUCAUUGAUACAAAGGUUAGAACUUAGAAAUCUCUAUCUCGAAUCGUUAUGAGCCCGUGUUUCUAUUAGAAAAUCUCUUUAUUUAUGCCCUUGAAGUUUAUUGCUUGGAACAUAAUCCUAUUUGCGUUGACUAAUCAUAAUUAUGAUUUACAAGUAGUCAGGGGUUCAUUCUUGGCUCUUACGUAUGGAAAGAAUUCGGUUGGGAGAGGAGAACCUACCUUGUGUGUCCCAGAGGUUCACCGACGGAGAUUAUUCAUCGCUGCUAACUGCAGUGGUAUAUCAUGGUAAUAAAAAAAUAAAAAGAUUAACAAUUGGGGUUAGAGAAAACAAGUGCUAUAUAUUUUGUUUUCCUGUUAAAUAUGUGAUUAUAUAUUAUGUUUUCCUGUUAAAUUUGUGACUAAUUCACCCUCAUGGUGCCAUUUCAUUGAUACAAAGGUUAGGACUUAGAAAUCUAUAUCUCGAAUCGUUAUGAGCCGGUGUGUCUUUUAGAAAGUCUCUUUAUUUAUGCCCUUGAAAUUUAUUGCUUGAAACAUAAUCCUCUUUGUGUUGGCUAAUCAUAAUUAUGAUUUAUAAGUGAACUUCAAAUGAUAUACUGUAAUAGAUUUCAAUUCAGCAAUACAUUUUCACAAUUGUUUAAUACUACUUUGAAGUGUUUUUUCUACUUUCAGAAUUUAAACAAUAUAAAUGCCAAGCUAGAAACAUGCAGCCACAAGGGAGUGGAGGAACUUGUGCUUUUGGGUUAGAUUCCAGAAAUAAUUAAGACCAAUAUUUACUUAUGCAAUUUUUUUGGAAAAUCAACUUUUCAUGGGCAUAAGGUUACAUGUAGGUAAUGAAAAUAGCUUAAAUAAGUUUUGGUUCCUAUAACAUACAGCUUUUAUAGUUUAGUCCAUAACAAAAUUUACUUGAAACAUAGGAAAUUUGCUUUUGGUCCUCUUUUGUUUGUUUAAGUUCUUUGUAAUAUUCAUCUAUGUUUGAAAGUCUCUAUAUAGUCCUUAUUCCAAAACAACGAGGAUAAAAAACAGCAUUUCCUAUAUUUAAAGGAUUAAAACUAGUAAAAAAUUGUUAUAAGGACUAAAUUCAAAAUUGGUGUAUAUUGUACGGACUAAAAAUAAUUUAAAUCAAGCUAAAAUCUUAAAUGAGCCAAACAGUGCCUGAAUGCUGCAUCAACAUGGUUCACGCUAGCAUGUUAGUCAGGCCUUCCUUGUUUAGGAACGAGCAAUGAUACACAACAAUGUAUGUUCAAACGCAGGUGGAAGUGUUAGGGUCUGUGCGUGCCACACAUCGAAGAUGCUUCACAAAGGUGCACACCUCUAGCGUGUAAGUCAAACCUCUCUGGUUUAGGUAAGUCUCUUCUUUAAUUCUAUAUGUUACUGUUUUAAAAGACAUAAAAUCAUACUUACAAAUAAUUGCUUUACUGGUGAUGCAUAAGAGGGGAAUGUAUCCAGGUUUUGUGUCAUAUCCGAGCUUCCUCCAUAGUUAGCCUAUUAAAAUAUAAUUAGUUGUCAGUGUUACGGAUUCUUCACAGAAAGCACCUUAAUGUAAUUUGACAUGUAAAUAUUAUAUUUUCCCGGUAAAAUGUUAUUGGAUUUGUUAAUUUGUUAAUGCAUGUCAACAAAUAAUACGAAAUAGUAAAAUAAAUUAUUAUUUUAUUCCUUUAUUUUUAAAUGGCAGUUCCUUUCUUUAUUGAUGUUAAUAAGUCCCACAUCGGUUGCGUGAUGACCUGAAUAUAUGUUUAUAAAGUAGAGGCAAUCCUUACCUUACAAGCUGGUUUUGUAAGGAUGAGUUAGUCCCAACUUCCAAUUCUAAGAUGGUAUCAGAGCCUCCUCCACAAUCUGUUGGGCCGCACCCUAUCAGAUUUCUGAUCGGGCCAUUCACCAUUUAUUUCCUCGCCCCGAGCCCAAAAGUGCUGGGCGCGAGGGGGUGUGUUAAGAAGUCCUACAUCAGUUGUGAGAUGGCCUAAAUAUAUGUUUAUAAAGUAGAGACAAUCCUCACUUUACAAGCCGGUUUUGUAAGAAUGAGUUAGGCCCAACUCCCAAUUCUAAGAAUUGAUAUUGUAGGUUUUUAGCGUUUUUUUCCUUGACUGUAUUAAAAAAAAUUUAAUAAGAUGUCCCUUUUCUGCGGCUUUGCUUUAAUCAACAUAGUUGUUUUCAAAUUUAGUAUUCAGAGAUCAACACAUAGUGACAAAUGUUGUGUUAGAUUUGGUACAAUAACAUUAACUUUUAAUAAAUGUAUCUCUUUUUCCAAUUUCAAAAUCUUCUUUAUUUGGGGAUGAGGUGACCAAUGGGUAACGAGCAUUGACAUGUUUUCCUUUCAUUUUACGCGAGCUCCGUGUAUGUCCUCAUUAUAAAAGGGUUUUAAGCUCAAUAGUAUACCACACAGAGAUGCAAGUAGACAAGAUGGCCUUGAAGAAAUUAGGAACGGAGCAAGGGAACAAUGAAGAUGAUUCUAACCGAUCUAAUAGUUCCAAUCAAACACGUCGAUCAUCAUCAAACAAGAUGGCCUCGAAGAAAUUAGGAAUGGAGCAAGGGAACAAUGAAGAUGAUUCUAACCGAUCUAAUAGUUCCAAGCGAACGCGUCGAUCAUCAUCAAAGAAAAAAAUGAAAGAAGCUAUGGUUAUCAAUCCAUUUCCUCCGGAAAUACUUGAAGUAAUUUCCCAGAAGUUACUAAGUUUUGACGAUAUAUUUAGCUUCUCGGAUGUUUGCACGGAGUGGAGGGCAGUUCAGAAAACUUAUUGGAGAAAAUUUCUAGAAUCCCAUUCACCUCUGAUUGUGCAUACUACUACGUAUGCAAAAAAGUUUUGCUCUUUUUAUAGUAUACCUGAAAAUCGAGCUUACAGCUCUAAGUUGAGUAAUAUUUGGGGUCUAUCUUAUUCUGGUUCGUCCAGUGGAUAUCUGACCAUGGCGGGUGCCAACAAGACACUUCACCUUAUAAAUCCAUUUAAAAGAAACAAGAAGAUCAUUGAUACCUCAAUGAUUGUUAAGGAUUGGACUUAUUUUGCUGGCCGUGUCUUAAUUGCUUUUGCCAAAGGGUCCGAUGAAUUUCUCGUAUUAGCAUCAUGUAAACGUUUGUUCGGUCUGUAUGUCUAUCAGUCCCAAAAUUGUAGUUGGCAAACUUAUUCCAAAAUGGGACAUCCAUGGAAGAUUGUGGACUUUGCUGUAUUUAAAAAUAUUAUUUAUGUUCUCACCGACAAGGCUGAAGUAGGGGUACUUAGCCUGAACUCUGGGAGCUUGAAAUUUCUAAACCUGAAGAAUACUCCCGAUGUACCUUCCUCCCGGUUGUAUCAUUUACUUAGUUGUGAUGGUGAGCUUCUAGUGGUUCGCUUUGAACCGAAUCAAGUAUUGGAUAUCUACAAGAUUGAUCGGGAAACAAUGAGUUAUGUGAAGUUAGAUACUUUGGGUGACAUCGCAUUAUUUCAUUCGUCAUACAAAUGCUAUGCGCUGGCGAACCCGGGUAAGUGGGGAUAUGAAAGCAACCGUGUGUAUCAUAUUAAUUGGGAAUGGGGACAAUAUGAAGUGUAUUCAGGGAGUAAUAAUGAACUGAUCGAAAGCUUUUUGCUUGCUGGUAACCAUCAAAUUCCUUCUAAAUCAAGACCUUAUUGGAUGGAUUGGUGUUUUCGCAAUCAACCAGAUGAAGUUGAUUAUUCUCUGGUUGAGUAGCAUGCGAGCCUGGCACCACGCAGCAUCUUACUCUGUUAAUUUGGAUCUUGUUGCUUGUAUUCGCUUUUUAUUUCCUUGUAUUUUAACUUGCUAGACUAGAAAACUUUGUCAUAGUUUCUAGUUUCAUUAUCUGUUGUCAGAUUAUGCUACUUUUGAUGAAUUACUGUUGAACCUUGUAAUGUUUUGGUUUAUCUUAUGUAUUCUCUGAAGGUUUUUGGCUUA